AUGCCUUCAACAUCACAUCUAUCUAAUAUGGAAACAACAACUAGUUCCAUAGAUAAUAAUACAAUUUCAAAUAAUAAACCAAUUUCAUUAUCAAAACUACCUACAAUCGAAACUACAAAUUUAUCAAACCCAAGUAACAACAACAAUAAUCAAUCAAAUAUAAACUUUUCAUCUCCUCGUACUUCAUUAUCUCAUAGUUAUCCAUCUCAUUCACAUCCAAACUCUCAUUUAUAUAAUAAUCAUCAAUUUUUACUGCCAAAAUCAUCAAGACCUUCGACAUCAUCAUUAUCAACAUUAAAUUCAUCAUCAUCAUCUUCUACAUCAUCAUCUCCAAUAAAUAAUAAUAAUACCGGAUCAAUUUCUGGAAAUCAUAAUUUUGCAAUUAAUUCACCAUCUCCAACAACUCCUACUUUUGCAACUAGUUUUCCCUCAUCAAUUCAAGAACAAAGAAUUAAUGAUUUUAAUCCAUGUGAUUUUGAUUUUAUAUUUGAUGUAAGACCAUAUAAUUCAUAUUGUAAAAGUAGAAUUACAAAAUCAGUUAAUUUAUGUUUACCAACUACUUUAUUAAAAAGAAAUUCCUUAUGUCUUAAUGAUUUAAUAAAUAUGGUUGAUUUAUCAACUGAACUAAAAGAUACCAUAAUUAAUCAUAUAAAGAAUGAAAAUGAACCAGAAAAGAAAUUAAAUAUAUUACUAUAUGAUCAAUGUUCAACUAAUGAAGCAAUAACUUUCCCAUUAUAUCAAACAAUUUCAAAAUUUGAAAAAUUAAAUAAUAAAUUUGAAAUUUACUACCUUAAUGGAGGAUUUUCAAAUGUUUUAACUCAAAAACCUGAAUUUAUUGAAAAUACAUCAAUAAAUUUAAAUUCAAAUGGUCAUCGAAAAACAAAAAGUCUUUCUGGUUUUACAUUACCAUCUGCAAGUAAUUUUAAAACGAAAUUUGUACAAAGUAUAAAAAAGAAUAAUGAUUAUGAUGGUGAUAAAUCCAAGAAAGAAAGUGAACAACUACAAACAUCAAAAACUGAAAGCCCCAUAUCAUAUAAAUAUAAAUUACAAGAUAUUCCAAAAGAUUUAAAAUUACCAGAAUGGUUAAAAUUUUUUAAAGAAUUAUCAAAUGAAGAAAUCAUAAAAGAAUUAAUUAAUAAAUUUAAUAAAAUUGAAGAUAUUGAAAAAAAUAGAUUAAAUAAAAUGGCAUCAAAUUUUAAAUCACCAUCUCAACCAAAUAUUCAAGGACAAGAAAAAAUAUUUUCACCUUGUUGUAUUUCAUGUUCAUCUAUAGAUUUUCAAUUACCAAAGGGGAUAGAAUUUGGUUAUAAAAAUAGAUAUAAUAAUGUUUGGCCAUAUGAACAUUCAAGAGUAAAAUUAGAACAUCAUCAACAUCAACAUAACACUAAUAAUCAACAACAUCGUAAUUCUAGAGAUGACUAUUUUAAUGGAAAUUAUAUAAAUGUAAAUUCAUUAGUUAAAAAUGAUUUUACAUAUAUUGCAACACAAAAUCCAUUAGCUUCAACAAUUGAUGAUUUUUGGACAACAGUAAUUCAAGAAGAUAUAAAAAUUAUAAUAAAUUUAGAUUCCAAACCCAUAGAAUAUUUUAAUCAUUCAUCAAUAAAUUCAAUUGAAACUAUAAAAACAAAUUUUCCAGAUUUUAAAUUAAGAUUAAUUAAUAAAAAUAUUUAUCAUUUUCAUUAUUUAUCCUGGCCAGAUUUUGGUGUUCCCAAAUCUUUUAAAUCAAUAAUUGAUUUAAUUGAAUUUAAAAAUGAAAUUAAAUCUAUAAAACAAAAUAAUAUAUCAAAUAAAAUCUUGGUUCAUUGUAAUGCAGGAUGUGGUAGAACAGGAGUAUUUAUAACAAUUGAUUCAUUAAUUCAAUCUUAUAAGAAUUCACCAGAACAAUUAAUGAAUUCCAAAAUUGAUUUAAUUUACAAAUUAGUUCAACAUCAAAGAAGACAAAGAAUUUCAAUGGUUCAAAAUUUAGAUCAAUUUAUAGUAUGUUAUGAAAUUUUUAUAAAUUAUUAUAAAGAAAGAAAAGAACAAGAAGCGAAACAAAGAGAAUCUCAACAUUUACCAUCUCAACAAUCUCAUCAAAUCCCACAACUAAUCAAUGAAGUAUCAACACCAGCAACAAAUAAUUUGAAUAAUGAACAAGAAUUAAAAUUAGCAAAUAUAUGGGAAAUAAUAAAUAAUGUAGAAAAUUUUUCAACCUACUUAACUCCAAAUAAAACUCAAAAUCAAAUUAAUGGAUUUUUUGAUAAUCCUGGUGAUGUAUCAACAUUAGAUAAACCCUCUAAUAAUAAUAAGGAAAAGAAUUUUAAAUUGAAUUUAAAUUUGGGGAAUCUUGAUGGUAAUUCAGUAAAUGGUGGGAUUUUAAGUAAUGGUAUUAAUAGUGGAAUUGGUGGUGUUAGUGAGUGUGUUAAUGGUGAAACAAAUGGUGGAAAUUCAAGUAAUGGUAAUGGUGGUGGUGAUUAUUUUCAAUUUCAAAAUUCAAUGCCUGUUAGUUCUAGAUGA